GGUUCGAGGACUCGACGCCGGUCUCGCGCACUGCGAUGAUCAAUUCCGUACGUGACAGCUAUUGUCCUCGCGCUUGAAACGCAACACCUGCAGGACUAAAUUAAAGCCUUUCGCGACAGUCUAAAGAAUGACGGAUAAGGGGAACAUCCGAAACGAGGAGCACUAUGUUGGGGAGAUCAAAGGGGGUCUACGGCCGACCAUGAGGCUGGUAGUGAUGGGUAUUGUUCACAAGCAGCCCAAAAGUAUGGUAGUGGUAGUGGCAUGCCAGUCUAAAGGAGAAGGGGAUGAGGAAAUCGAGGGUGAUGUGGGACUGGAAUUGAAAGUGAACUUUUCAGAAAAGGCUGUGCUUCGUAACGCUCGUCUAUCAGGAAAGUGGGGAGCUUCAGAAACUGCCCUGUCUUUCUUCCCCUUUGCUCCAGGAGAAGCCUUUAAGAUGGAGAUUGUGUGCGAGCACCAGCAGUUCCGUAUUCUGGUGGAUGGGCAGCCGUUGUGUGGUUUCACUCACAGACUGACUCAGCUCGCAUCUCUCACUGCUCUCAGAGUCCACGGAGAUCUACAGCUCACCAAAGUGGCUUGAGCAAGUGAAGAAUUGUCCGCGAUGGCAUAGACUUUUCAUAGAAGCGACUUAGCUGAGGUUUUUUAGAAUCCUGAGCGUACUGUACACAAUUGUCUUAAAGUUCCAGAAAUUCAUUUAAAACAUUUAGAACUCAUUUCAGUUGGGUCUGUGUUUGUUUUGGUAGGCUAAUUGGCCAUUUUGUAAAGUUUCUCCAGUGAUUUUUAUUUGUAGUGGCAAAUUAGGCUAUUUAGGUUCAAUGGUUUCGCAUUGUUUGGACACAUUUGAAGGAGAAAAUCUAAAAGGAGCUGCGUUACCUCAUGUGCAACCAGCUUUAAUCAAUUCAGAUAACAUAAAAUUCUAACUAUGAAUGAUUUUCCAUAAAUUAGCUCAGAUAUAAGAUUUCCUUCAUAUAGUUUUUAUAAUACAUAAUGCUCUACUUAACGUUUUUGUUUGGUUUUGAUUAGAUAUUUAGUUUCUUUGGCUCUUUGAUACAGAAGCAAAAGUGCCUUCAUUUGUUCCAUUAGAUGCACUUAUACUCAGUAGAGGACUUUUGGUGUGCUUGUAACAGUAAUUGUUGUAGUUCAAAUUCAUUUGCAUUUACACAUUUGGCAGAUGCUUUUAUCCAAAGCAACUUACAUUGCAUUCAAGGUAUACAUUUGAUCAGUUCCUGCAUUCCCUCAGACCCAUAAUCUUAGCGUUAAUAGCGACAUUAUCUAGUUUUAGCUACAGGAAUGAAAAAUUAGAACAGAAUAAUUCAGGAUCGUAAGUGAAACAUUUUUUUUGUUUAUCCUUUGUUCAUUUGAAUGUACCGCAGAAAAGUUUUGAUGGCAUUAAGAACCUAAGGACUCAUAACUGACACCAGAAUGUUCACUUUAAAAUGCAAUUCCCUGCGAUUGUAUUGGUUUGAAGAAAAAGGACUCAAAGUCCAUCUGAAGCCUGUACUUGGUGCUGUCAAUCUACACACGUAAUGCUGCAAAAGAAGCAUGUAUUAAAAGCAAGGUUUACUUGAAUGUCUUUAAACAUCUAAUAAUUGCAAUAUGUACUGUAAACAGUAAACUUUUCUUAAAGAA